CUUGAUGGACAGGCUCAAACCCCUUGCCUCCAAUCUCAGGGCUCCUGAGUGGAUGGAUCGCUCCAGUCCAGAUAUAUUGGGCUGUCACUCCCCUUGUUCUCCAUGCUCUCUUCGCUCUUCACGCUGCUCUUUUUUUUCCAACCGUCCUCUUUCUCCCGUUUGGCCUUGCUGCCCUGACUUACCCCACUCUCGUCAUCCUCUGUGUCCCACUACUACAAAUACUGCAGCCUGUGGCAAUGGUGAGUGUUGCCCAUGGAUGCUGGAGCUCCUGAGAGGAGGUCUCAGCUGGAUGGGUUCUGUAGCAGAGCUCUGCCAGGGUGCUGUCUUGCACGCUGGGGAGCUCCUGUCAGCUGAUUGUUGCUCCCUAUCUCUGGUAAAGAAAGACUGUGGUGGAAGGAACACCUUGGAGGAGGUGAUUGCCCCGACAGCGUUAGGGUGCUUAAGCGAGGGCAACCUCUGCAGCCAUGAACACCUGGAGCUAGUGAAAAGUAUCAUGGGAUGUGUACUGGCCACAGGGUCACCAGUAAACCUGAGAGAUGCAUCAGAGGAUCCCAGAUUCGACUUCGAUGAUGAUCAAUCAAAGAUUAGGACUGUUUUGAGUGUUCCUAUCAAGGCCCACAGGGGAGAGGUGGUCGGUGUAAUGAUAAUGAUCAACAAGAGAGAUGGCUGCGAUGGAUCAGUUUCUGUUUUUACCAACAUGGAUGAAAAGGUGCUGUCAAAUCAUAUGGAUGUGUUGGGGAUGGUCCUGGAUAAUAUCCAGCUGUAUGAAAGCUCAAGACAGGAGGCCAAACGCAGUCAGGCCUUGAUAGAGAUGGCACAGGUAUUAUCAAUGGAACACCGUUCCUUUGAAAUUCUGCUGAGUAAGAUGGCUGCGACCAUCAUGCCCUUCACACGUGCUCAGUACUGCACCAUCUUCAUCCCUAGCCAGCAAACUUCAGUUGUGGAAGACCAGGUUUCCUUCUCCAGAGUGAUCCACCUGGAGUGUGAGGAGCUCGGAUCAACCUGCCAGAUCUACAGAAGGCAGCGUGACAUCAGUGACAUAGACCAAUCUUCUGCCCUUCGAACUCUGGUUGCUAUGAAAACACUCAAUAUGUCAAAGAGUUCUGAGGAAUCAAUAAAGAGUCUGAUCUGCUGCCCCGUCAGAAAUGAGAGGUCUGAAAAUGUUAUCGCGGUCUGUCAGCUGAUGAACAAAAAGAGCAGAGACUCAGAUGAGUUGGAAGCCUUUAACAGAUAUGAUGAGCGCCUACUAGAGGACCUCUCGGUGUACUGCGGCCUGGCUCUGCAGUAUGCUCAGGCUGUGCAGAUCACUGAGGAGCGCAGGGCCAGUAUAGAGGUCACACAGGAGGUUCUUGCCUACCACAUCACAGCAGCAGAGUCGGACAUCCAAGCAUUGCAGGAGGCCACUAUUCCUUCUGUUGAAUCACUGAAUAUUCUAGACUUCCAUUUCUCUGAUUUUGGUCUUCCAGAAGACCUGACCACUCAGGCCACCAUUCGUAUGUUCCUGGACCUCAAUUUGGUGCAGGAUUUUAACAUUGAUUACAAGAGUCUCUGCCAGUGGGUACUGACCGUGAGACGUGGUUACAGGAACAGCGUGCCAUAUCACAACUGGAACCACGCACUGAGCACUGCUCAAAGCAUGUUUGCUAUGCUCAAGGCCACAGACGAACUCCAGACAAUUUUUUCCCGUCUGGAGAUUUUAGCACUGAUGAUAGCUACUCUGAAUCAUGAUCUUGACCACAGAGGAGUCAGUAACUCGUACAUAGAAAGGAGUCAGCAGCCUUUAGCUCAGCUGUAUGGACACUCUUCUCUUGAAAACCACCACUACAACCUGUGCCUCUUCAUCCUAAACAACACUGGGAGUCAGAUUCUCAGCGGUCUCUCUGCAGAAGACCACAGAACUGUACUACACAUGAUCAAAAGGGCAAUCCUUGCAACUGACCUCACUGUCUACAUGGAGAGAAGAACAGAGUUCUUUUCUCUCGCCAAGAAAAGCAGAGUGAACUGGAAGAGUGAGAAACAAAAAGAUUUACUGAGGUCGAUGUUGAUGACAGCCAGUGACCUCUCUGCUAUCACAAAGCCUUGGCCUGAACAAAAAAGGAUUGCCAAGCUAGUUACCAUGGAGUUCUUCGCACAAGGGGACAAAGAGAAAAAAGAGUUCAAAAUCAAGCCCAUUGACAUAAUGAACAGAGAAAACAGCACUCGACUGCCAUACAUGCAAGUUGAAUACAUUGAUGACAUCUGCUAUCCACUGUACAAGGCUGUAUCUAGACUGUUCAACACCUGCUCCCCACUGCUGAAGGGUUGUAAGAAGAACAGAGAAAACUGGAUGCAUCUUACUGAGAAAGCAGAUGAAGAAGAUUGUAAAAAUAGUAGUUGUGUAGCCCUGGAAACAAAUAAAAACAAUGAGGAAAAGACGCAGACAGAGGAAUAGAGGACUGGACAGAGGAUAAAGACAGUUUGUUGUCCAUUCUCUCUUGGACACAUCUUGACUAAAUAUUGGCGUAGUGUCCACACAUCAGAACUCUGACUACUAACGUGUUGGGAUAUACAACAAUCUUUUCUCAUGAUUUAUUUAUUGGGUUUUCAGGUUUACAGUGUUAAAUGUAAUAAAACACCAUACGUUGUCAAUUUACCCAUAGCAAUUAGAUGUCACAUUAAGCUAUACAGUACAACUAAUACAAUGGCGCCCACAGGAGACAGUGUAUAAAUACUCAU